AAAGUUUGGGUCAGAUCGGCUCGUGGAGUAAGCAGUCAAGAGAGACUUGGACUAGAGUUAGCCACACGGUCCCCACGCGAAGGACACGAGAGCUGUACACUGCCAACCCUUUCGCUCUUCUUGUCCCACUGUUUGAGACUGCAUCCAUCACAUCUCCACAACAACUGUCAGCGAGAUGGAAACUACAACCAUCACCACUACGCAGACUGCAUUCACCUUUGGACUUACUGAAAGACACGCCAGCCUCAGCCUGCACGCCCCGGCACAGGACUGCGCUGUCCCCGCCGUGCACCCGAACACCACCGCUGCAGGCUUCCAAAGCAAGACUAAGGUGCUGAAGAGACAGCGCUCCAGUUCGCCGGAGCUCCUGCGCUGCAAGCGGCGUCUGAGCUUCAACGGCCUCGGCUACUCCAUCCCCCAGCAGCAGCCCGUGGCCGUGGCCCGGCGGAACGAAAGGGAGAGGAACCGGGUCAAACAAGUCAACAUGGGCUUCCAGACGCUGCGUCAGCAUGUGCCAAACGGCGCCGCCAACAAGAAGAUGAGCAAAGUGGAGACUCUGAGGUCUGCGGUGGAGUACAUCAGGGCUUUACAGCAACUUCUGGACGAACAUGACGCAGUGUCUGCAGCUUUCCAGUGUGGGUUGCCAUCCCCGACACUCUCCAACAGCUACUCCGCUGACCCGGAGUCGCCUCACUCCACCUACUCAUCAGACGAAGGCGGUUAUGAGCCGCUGAGCUCAGAGGAGCAGGAGCUGUUGGACUUUACAACCUGGUUCGACAGGUACUGAGGCUGACAAGCACCCAAACCACACAGCAGCGUGUGUGCGUAAAAGCGGCUGACAAAGACUUGGUAAACAGGCAUCAGAUCAGUCUCGCCCUCCUGUGCUUGGAAGUGAUCUGUUGCCUCCCUCCCUCACCCGGGCUGCUUCUGCAGGAGCAAAGCAAUAGUGAGAAAGAGAGAGAGAGAGUGUGUGUAAGAGAGAGGGAACCUCUUGUUGCAUAGAGCGUGAAUAGUCGCCCUGAAGUCCCCACAAGAAGGAGGGAGUUGGACUCAGUGUCACGUUGACGCGUGGAAGUAAAGAACUGUUGAUGUUAUGUUUGAAUAAGUGCAAUUAAUACGUGACACAGCAGGCUCUGCAGAGGACUUGUGUGAUGAGUGUUGACUGCCUUCCUCAGCUGCCACGUCUGUUGGAAGACAAAUAUGAUGCGUCGACAAACUUUUCGUGCUGUACAUUGUUUCCUCUCCUUUCAUAACAAAAUUGUAUCAUAAUUGUUUUAACAUGAAGACAUAUUUUUGUACAUUGAGUCAAACAAACAACAGCCACUGCCACUUUUUCCUGACAGUGUUGUGAGAGCCAGCUGUCAGUAAAGGCAGUGAGUUGGCAUGUAUGAGUUGUGUGACUGGACAGCAAUAUCAAGGCUACUACCGGUGACAGAUUGUAGUUUUUUUAAUAGGUGUUAAGGAAACUUUUAUCAAUGUAUGCACUUGUUCUCAGUUUCCUGUAGCCUAAAAUGUAAAUAUUCGAUUUUAACAGAUAUAUUUUGUGUAAAACAAGUUUUAUAAAUAAAGAUGAAUCUAUU